AUGACGCAGGCGGAGGAGAGGACAAAGGUGGUGGUGCGUCACCUCCCUCCAUCCCUGUCCGAAGACGCCUUCAAGUCGGCCGUGCAGGAGUGGCUCGACAGAUCCAACUGGUCCGCCUACUACCAGGGCAAAGUCAGCGCCAAGGAGCAUGUGCAUUCGAGGGCGUACCUGAAUUUCAAGGACCCCGCGGAUGCCCUCCGAUUCAGUGCUGCAUUCAAUGGCAAUCUCUUCGUUUCGGACCGAGGAGCCCACACGAGGGCUCGGGUCGAGUAUGCUCCCUUCCAGCGUGUACCCCGUGCAACCAAUCGCCGAGACCCACGCGAAGGCACAAUCGAGAAAGAUGCCGGGUAUCGUGCCUUUCUCAAGUCGCUGGAUGAGGAGACCCAGACCAAACCCUCUGCCCUUCCAGCACCCCAGCCGCCCAUGGAGACCGAUGCCUUGACCCCCCUGGUUCUUUUCCUGAAGGAGAAGCGAGCCAAGGACAAGCUGAAGGCGGCGGCGGUGGCCGCCGCCAAGAAGGGUGGCAAGGGACCGCCCGCAGCGAAGACGGCGCCGCAGGUUCAGCUCAAGCAGCAGCCGGGUGGGGCUGGGAAGCAGGGCACCGCCACGCCAGAGGUCAGCAAGCCUGCACGGGGGAAAAAGGCCGCCAAGGGCGCCGCAGCGGCCCAGGACGCAGCAAAGUCCGCCAAGGCCAAGCCUGGGGAUCAUGGCAAGCCCGGCGCUGUCCCCAAGGAGGCUGGGCCCGGCGCCAAGAACGCUGGCAAGAAGGCUGGGGCUCCAGGAGGGGCGCAGGCAGCCGAGGCUAGCCCGGCCUCCCUGCCCAAGCAGAAGAAGGCCCCUGUGACCAUCCAGAUGAUCAAGAGGGUUGCCCCAGGCGGCGGCGGUAAGGCAGAGAAGGCAGGGCCCGGCCUCACGCAGCUACAGGGGCAGCCGCUGGCGCCCUCGCGGCAACGAGCAGGGUCCUUGCCCUCAGGAAAUGGCGAGGCUACUGGAGCACAGCCGCAGGGGUCCCGAGACGCCAGCGGUGGAGCCGCCAGGACGCCAGACCCUAGCAGGAGGAAUCCCACAGCCAUCCUCAAACGGGCGGGGGCAGGCGCAACCGGCGAGGGGCCUCAGCCCGCGCCCGACCUUGGUGCGGCGGCUGCCCCCGCAGCCGCGCCAGCUGGAAAGCCUGGAGCGGAGCCUGCCCCGUCGACCAGGGGGGGGAAACCUGUGCGUGUGCGGGAGGGCUUCCAGGCCUUCCAGCCCAAGCGAGUCGGCCGGCUGACAGAGGGCUCGGGAGCGACGGGGGCCGGCCUCUCCCCUGUCGGCGAGGAGAGGUCGGCACCGCACCACCCAGCCCCCCGCAAGAAAAAAGUGGGACGAGGGGACCCAGCAAACCCCGGCCUGUCGGCGGAGGGCAAAACUCAAGCCGCGGCCGGCGGAUGA